AUGAGUGAUUUGGGGAAUGGACAUGUAGCACGGGGGAGUGACUGCAACCAGUUAUGCAGCUCACUGCAACAGUCACAAGGCCGUCCGACUGGUCUGACAUCUGACAGUGGCACAUGUUACUGCCUUACCGACGGGCAGCGAACAGUACAAAGCAAUACCGGAACUGUUUGCAAGCCUCACCAAUUGCUCGGUGGUCUGACAUCUGACAGUGGCACAUGUUACUGCCUUACCGACGGGCAGCGAACAGUACAAAGCAAUACCGGAACUGUUUGCAAGCCUCACCAAUUGCUCGGUGGUCUGACAUCUGACAGUGGCACAUGUUACUGCCUUACCGACGGGCAGCGAACAGUACAAAGCAAUACCGGAACUGUUUGCAAGCCUCACCAAUUGCUCGGUGGUCUGACAUCUGACAGUGGCACAUGUUACUGCCUUACCGACGGGCAGCGAACAGUACAAAGCAAUACCGGAACUGUUUGCAAGCCUCACCAAUUGCUCGGUGGUCUGACAUCUGACAGUGGCACAUGUUACUGCCUUACCGACGGGCAGCGAACAGUACAAAGCAAUACCGGAACUGUUUGCAAGCCUCACCAAUUGCUCGGUGGUCUGACAUCUGACAGUGGCACAUGUUACUGCCUUACCGACGGGCAGCGAACAGUACAAAGCAAUACCGGAACUGUUUGCAAGCCUCACCAAUUGCUCGGUGGUCUGACAUCUGACAGUGGCACAUGUUACUGCCUUACCGACGGGCAGCGAACAGUACAAAGCAAUACCGGAACUGUUUGCAAGCCUCACCAAUUGCUCGGUGGUCUGACAUCUGACAGUGGCACAUGUUACUGCCUUACCGACGGGCAGCGAACAGUACAAAGCAAUACCGGAACUGUUUGCAAGCCUCACCAAUUGCUCGGUGGUCUGACAUCUGACAGUGGCACAUGUUACUGCCUUACCGACGGGCAGCGAACAGUACAAAGCAAUACCGGAACUGUUUGCAAGCCUCACCAAUUGCUCGGUGGUCUGACAUCUGACAGUGGCACAUGUUACUGCCUUACCGACGGGCAGCGAACAGUACAAAGCAAUACCGGAACUGUUUGCAAGCCUCACCAAUUGCUCGGUGGUCUGACAUCUGACAGUGGCACAUGUUACUGCCUUACCGACGGGCAGCGAACAGUACAAAGCAAUACCGGAACUGUUUGCAAGCCUCACCAAUUGCUCGGUGGUCUGACAUCUGACAGUGGCACAUGUUACUGCCUUACCGACGGGCAGAGAACAGUACAAAGCAAUACCAGAACUGUUUGCAAGCCUCACCAAUUGCUCGGUGCUCUAGUCAGCUUGUGAUCCAAGAUUCGAUUCCCGUCUGAUCAACAACUUCUUAAAAUUUUUUUGUGACCCAGCAAUCGUAAAUUUUCAUGUUCUGUGACAGUCCAAACCUUUUACAAUUCUCCACGGGACGCUAUGGUCCUCUUAGUCAUUUCGGAAGAGUGACUGAUUUAUUAGCAAGUUAUGACUUGCUUUUCGCACCUGGACAGAAACAACUGCCUCAUUUUGUUACCUGAUCUCACAACCCUAUGGGCAUUCAAGGCCUGUUACAGGCAUACAUUUACUUUUUUUUUUUGUGUGCAACCUUUUUUUCCCAUUGUCUUUGUUCUCUGAAGACAUGCUAAUAUCAUCUUCAUCUGUUCUUUGGUAAUUUAUCUUCAAAUUCUCUCCUUUUUUUCUAUCUUAUUCUGUUUCUCUCGUCUACAGAUCUCACAAAUCUUGUCUGAGCAUCCGAGCUGCCUCUGUCCAUGCCCAUGCAUCACAAUGAGCAUGCUGUUCUUUUUAAGUCAAUGCAUUGUUUUUACCUUCGUCAGUCUUCACUUCCAAAGUACAUCCCUAACUAAGCAGUAAAAUUUGUCUGCAUUUGUUAUCUUUCUCUGAUAUCUUCUUGACUCUUUGGUUUGUUACCUUCCCCUCCCCACUGUGUUUGCCACACUGGUGUUGUAAUGAUGAGUAAAGCAAGCAGGAACAGAUGAGCAAGACAUGUAGCAUUGUAACGCACCGAUGCACAUCUAAAUGCAUUAUAUGACUUUGUUAUUUCAUAGCAGACUAAAUGAGCAUUUCUGGUGUCUGGAUAUUCUCCAUAAUUUAAGUUUUAGCUGAUAUAUCUGGUCCAUGUUAUCCUGUUUAUGCCAGUUACAUGGAAAGUGAGACUUAUAUCAUAACAUCUGUCCAUCCAUCAGUCUGUGUGUGCUAAUAUUCGUAAUGUCCGAAUGAAAGUACAGCAAAGACUUUCACAUUUAUUUACUUUCCUGCCUCACUAGGCAUUACACCCUUUCCAGUGAACUUCUCUUCCUCGAGGACAGAAAGCUGUUCAGUUGGUUACAGCAGCAAACUGACUUGCUGUAGGUUUCAGGCCAGAGAUGAGCAACCAGCAACCAGUCACAAAAUGUCCCUGCCAUUGAAGUUGAUCUCUUAGCUGGAAAGAUCUGGAGGGGUUGACUUCAACAUAUAACAUCACUUUCAUGAGUACAGUUUUGCAUAUAUAAAUAUUUGUUAUUCCAACUUCCAGAUGCUCUAAGUAUCUCAACCACAAUCUUCUGGGAUGUAAUGCCACUGGAAGUCCCCUGACAUUACAGAGGAACCUGUCUCCUCCAUCUACAGGGUAAAUGAAUCAGCCACACAAGAAAGUAGCACUGCUUAUUGCCUGCUUCAUGUUGGUUCCUUGCUUGGCUUACACUUUUACCCUGAAAGUGGAAGUGCUACAUCCUCCAAAAAGGUCAUGCAGAUCCACAGGAUUUCCACCCAGUGUGACCAACAUUGCAGUGAGUAGUGGCAGCUUUCAUGCCAGCAACAUCUGUAACAAAUCGCUGCAGACAUCCAGACACCACCAGGGGUUCAGCAUCACAGCUGCAGUCGAGUGUGCAUCCUGCUGCUCCUCAGGCAUCUGUCAUCAGAGGGAUUCUGAGGGCUCAGAAGGACAUUUUGGUGAUAAAAAGAAAGUUU